GGAAUUAUGGGAAUUGUAGUUUAAGCCGUAGCGUGAUUCUGCUAUCUGUUCCGAAGCUGUACUAGAGAUCCGUGUCGACUACAAUCCAAGCAUGCGCAACGUAUGGACACCUAUGGCGGAAAGCUAUGUCUGAGGGUUUCGAUGAAGAAGUUGUGUUCGAGAACUCGCCGCUCUUCCAGUAUUUGCAAGAUUUAGGACACACGGAUUUUGAAGCAUGUUCACCGGUUUCUCAGGAGGAGGAGUUGAGCGCUGGUGGAGAAGAGAGGCCAUUUCCACAGGAUAUCCUCCAGUCUCCCAAAAAGGGUGGUGUUUGGAGGCUGGUUGAAACACUGCAUCGAGAUAGCGCCACCCAAUGGAAGGAGCAGCAGCUGAACGCUGCUUUCCGCCAGUAUUCCCUGCGCUGUCUGUUAUCUCAGGACGUGCUGUUGCAGGAAGAUGUGGAGCUGAUUGAGCUUUUGGAUCCGAGCAUCCUCUCUCUGGGCUCAACAGAUACCAUCUGCCCCAGUGCCAGCAAUGCUGUACCAGCACCAAGCUACCUCGCACCUCCCUCUAUAUGGGAGGUCUCAGUGUUGGUUGGGAUGCUAUCUGUCCUGUUCAGUGUCUGCUGUUUGUACCCUGUUCGUGCGCAGGCCCUGUGGGCGUCUGUUGCCCUUGUGUGUGCGGUGUGCAUGUGUCGUGGUUUCUCUCUGUGGCGCAAGGCAAGUCUACAGCGUCAUGUCCAAUCACUCGCCGUCCAGCUAGAGGGUCUGGUGAAUAACAGCAGAGCGCUGACCAGCCUGUCCCGCAAAUCACUGCGUCUCAUACAGGAAACAGAGGUCAUUUCACGAGGCUUCACCCUUUUACUCGACAGGGUGAGUGGCGCCUGUCCCUUUAACAGGGCGGGGCAGCUUCGGAGCCAGCAGCUAAUUGGUCUACGUAAGGCGACCUAUCAGAGUCUUCGUUGUGCGUUCCGAGCCUCCCGUCUCGCCACAUGCGUCAUGCUCAAGUCAUUUCCGCUAAACUCAGAAAUCGACAAUGUCACCAACUAUGUGUCCACCGUGCCAGUCAGAGAACUGGGUCUCGGUCUGGGCGUGGAGCAUCUUUCGGAUGAGCAAGCACAAGAACUGACCAAUGAUUACAGUCUCCCUGCCCUCAAGAUGUUGUUCCAGUUGUGGAUGGGGCAGAGUUCCGAGUUUUUCCGGCGAUUAGCUCUGCUGUUAUCUCCUGGGAGGGAGGAGCUUGACUCCAGGUCCACCCCUUUGACAUAUAACAGCGUCCCUUUGAUUACUGACUCUCUCCAUAAAACCCUGGCCAAGUGCCUUGGUGACCUUCAGCGUAGCUACGACUUCCAUCGCUACUUUGAGACGCAGCACCAACCGAAAGGCUCAGGAAGUAACGGCCGUGCCCAACAGAAAUGUAGAGAGCUAAAUUCUCUGCACACCUCCAUCCGUAGUUUACAACUUCACCUGAAAACACUCUUAAAUGAGGUCAUAAUUCUGGAGGAUGACUUGGAGAAGUUCAUGGUUGCUAAAGAAACCGAAGAGGUGACAUGUGCGGGAUAUCAAAAGCUGAAGGAACGUUUACAGCUGUUGCAACCACACAUGCAGGCCAGCACCUGCUGCUGGGACGACACGCUCGCCCAGGUCGACCGCAUGCUGCGCAGAGUCUCCAACCGCCCAGAAAGUUCAGAACAACAAGAGGUAACAGCUGCCCCAGAACUCCCUCCUACUGCCCCCAUUGCACAUAUACAAGACAGAGACCCCAUUCCUGAGGAACAGGAACUUGAGGCUUAUGUCUCGGAUUCUGACUCGGAGACAGAAUGGAGAGGAACGACCGACAUGCUGUCGCCAUGGGAACUGGAGCGUCAACGACAGGAACGAGAAGAGUCGAAACGCGUUUUACUUGAGCUGAAAUCUGUCCUGGGAAUCCGAACUUCGGAUGGAGAGAGAGACAAACGCAAACGUCUGCUCUUCAAUGAACAGGCUGCUCUUGCUCCGCUCUCCAAGGAUACAGCCGAAGAAACGGAUACAAACUCUAUACAGCCGUGUGUUUCGGCAGAACCUACAUCUAUCGCAGACAAUCACAUUUCCCAACAAUCACAAGGGCAGCUGAAAACAGAAGAAGAGGAGAAUGAUACUGAGAACCAGAAUGAAAUUAUAAGUGAGGUGGACGCUGAGAAAUAUUUAGUGACUGAAUUUUGCUGCGGUGAUUCGGAGGUAACUGGGGCAACUGAAGAUAUCUGUGGGGUGGAGACUGCGGAGGAAACGCAACUCUUUCAAUCCGAUGGGCUUAUUGAGGAUGGGACACACCCACUUACACCCAGAGUUCCCACCCUCUCUGUGAUUGACAGACUGACGGAAAUGCAUGGCUCAGAAACGCUAAGUUUUAGCUCCGCUCUGGCUGCCCAGGUAGCGGCCCGUUCGCAUACGUUCACACACAUGCAGGAAUGUACCUAUGGGGACUCUGAGGAGGAUGAGGAAGCUGAAGAAGACUGAAACAUAAUACUGCAGGAUAUUUAUUACAUCUCUUAGUUUAAUUUAUUAAGCUUGAUUUCAGGUCGCUGACAGCAUUGUAUGUAGCUGGUGUGUGUGAAUAAGUUUGUGUUUGAGGGCUUUAUGUGUCGUGUGAAUUUCUAUGUCCAUUAUCAUUAUGACAGGCCUCAGGUGCAAACUGGUACACUAAAUUGACUCCACAUACUUGCCCUUGGACAUUUCCCACUUUUACAUACUUUCAUGAAGGUUAAUGGUACAAAUAAAAUUCCUUCAAUUCCCAAAUAAUUAAUUGGGUGUAUCACAUGAACAUGUCCAGGUCAUAUUUUACCAUUUUCAAAAGAAAAUUAGAAACUAAAUUAUAUCAUUAUUUUUGCAUUACAAUAUUUUUCAGGAAUUUUGAGCACAUUUUCACUCCCGUUAUAUAUUUACUUUGUUUGUUUUAUUACUGUAAAAAAUUAAAAUAAUAAAUUAAAGAAUAAUCAUUUUAUUACCAUCAUACAGUUUGUGAAGUACUUGUGCCUCAUGGCCCCUAAUUUAUGCUGAUGUUUAUUAAAUAAAAUAGGUGAAUCCAAACAAGAUUGUUAUUGUUUUAUAUUAUAGUACCAUAUUAUGUAUUUUUUUAUAUUAUCCAAAACUUUUAUUCUUUUGUCUUUGGGAUGAAAUUAUGACCCUGACGUUUCUCUUUGUGAGAUUCCCCCUUAUUUAAAUACACAAUCUAACGAAUAGAAGAUGGUAACACUUUACAAUAAAGUUGCAUUAGCUAUUAAUGACUAUAAAUGACCAAAACGUCUACAGCAUUUAUUAAUCUUAGUUCUUGUUAAUUUCAGCAUUUACUAAAGCAUUUUUUUAAAUCAAGUGGUGCAGCUGCUAACAUUAGGUAAUACACCAUGAACUAACAUGAACAAGACAAAAACUAUAUUGUACAUUGUUUGUUUAUGUUAGUUAAUGCAUUUACUAAUGUUUACUAAUACAACCUUAUUGUAGUGCUACCGAAAAGAUAAUAUAUACUCAUGUCCUAUACUGUACUUCAGUGUUUUUUGGGUGACUUUGGGCGAAAGCCUUCUAUUUGUAUCUUUGUAUGUGUCAUUCUUUAGAAAUAAAUAUAGGUGCCCUGAUUUUAUUCUGCAUCAAACUGUUCAGAUACAUUUGGGUUUCCACUGUGACCAUCACAAGGUUAUUGCUUUUGUUCAUAAGGAUGUUUAACUUUUUAGAUAUAUUUGUUAAAGCAGUUUUAAAACCCUUGUAAUUCUUUCUUUAUUUUAUCUUACAUUUUCUUUCGUCUCGUCCCCCAAGAUGUAUAUUACUUAUUUAGAUGUAUAUUAUUUUUUAUAUCCAUCUGGUGCAUCUAAUUUUCAGAAAAAAAAAACAGUCUUUUACCAGGCCCUUAUUAAAUAAAGUGUCCAGUGCUGGUUUAAAGACUGUCAUAAAUGUUUCAAGGCUGCUUUUCAUAUUGUCCCAGUUUAGACUUUAUCUUUACCAGUUUAGACUUUAUUUUAAACUUUAAGCACUGUGGAAAUCCAACUUGCACAUUAAUUUGCCUUAAACACUUCUCCCUUAAGGUAUCAUUGCACUAGAAUUACAGUAAUUGGAGUAGAGAAUGUUUAUAUAUAACGUUUGAUCAUAUGAGUCAACAUUUGUGUGCAUAUUGUAUGUUUAUUGUUUACCACUCUUUCCCUCCAUAAAUAUGGAUUUUGCGUUUGUCUUCACUCAACACCAUUUUAAUUAUUUCAAUUAUUUCAUUUUGUUUGUGAAAUAAAGUAUAGGUACAUAUGCAUCUUUUGUGAGGUUACAAUAAAAAUCCAUGCCUAAAACAUUACAAAA